UUAUUCAACAUAUCAGUGAUUAAAACACGUGUAUAAUAAUAAGAAACGAUGGAGAGGAAAGUAAUUGAAAACGAAAGUAUCACUUAGUAAAAGCGCUCUAUAUAAUAUACUAUAUAAAUAAUUUACUAAUGAAAGUAAUCAAGAGUACAAUACUUCUAUAUUUACGUAAAAAUACUAGCGAAAAGAAUUUAUAAAUUUAAAAAACGUUCUACAUAUAAAGUUAUUUUUAUUAAAAAAAUUUUUGACACUUUCUGUAACUAAAUUUUACGACCUAACUAUGCUUUUACGUAAUUUAUAUAGGAUGUGUUUAUAUUUAAUUUCUAACUAUUACAAAAAUCAAUACAAGUAUUACCUCAAAAUGGCACCUUGCUUCAUUUGUAGUAACAUUUACUUCCCCCAGAUUCUUUUGUUUUUCCCCCUCUUAAAUAUUUUGUUACCAUUGUUAUUCAACAAACAAAUUACAAAUGGGCUCUCAAACAAAAUUGAAUCGAUUGAACUUAAGUAAGUGGAAUCAGACAAAAAAACGAAGAUAUUUUUGCUAUGAAAAAAAUCAUCAAAUAAUAAGACAAUAAAACUUUUAAUUUAAAGACAAUAAAAAUUUUAAUCGCUAAGUCAAAUUUACUUACGACCAAAUGGAGCUCUUUCGAAGUGAUAAGCAUUUUAUCUUUGUAAAGGAAAAUUACAGUCUCUGGUGGGAUAAGCAAACAGGCAAAUUUUCUGCUGAAUCAGAUUGGGAAUGGGCAAACGCGAAUGAUUUAGAAUGCAUCGGUUUAUUUUAUGGAAUUAUUGGGAAAAUUGACCAGGCAAAUGUCUUGCAAACUCGUUUGGUGUUAAUUAAAGAAAUAACAGCAGUUGGAGAAUUGCAAGGUGGUCAUGCAGUUUAUAAAAUAAAGUCAGUUGCAUUUUUACAUCUUGGUUCAGAAAACUUUGAUAUAGAUUUGUUUCCUUGUUCGAAACAUCAAAAUGUACAUAAGAAUAAACAAAUAAGCAGUGGCUUAUUUGACACGCAAAAAACUAGCUUUGUGAAAACAUGGGAUACCAUAAAAAAUGCAACAAAUACUAUUAAAAAUACAACGCAACAGGCAGCUGCACUUGCUACAUCUCAAGUUAAAUUAACCGUUAUGAAAAAAACAGGUAUCAAGGAUAAAGAAAAAUUUGAAAAACGUAUUUUAGAAGAGUUAAUUAAAAUUUUUACAGAAACAGACUCUUUUUUUUUUUGUGAAACCAGAGAUAUUACGAAUAGUUUGCAGAGGCUUUGUGAACAACAAAAUCAAAAAGAUGAAAAGAACCAAAAUUGGCGUAUAGUUGACGAUAGAUUUUUUUGGAAUAAAUUUAUGUUACAAGAUAUUAUUAAUUUAAAUACAGAAAAAGCAGACUGUUGGAUAUUACCGAUAAUACAAGGGUAUAUCCAAAUUGAAAAAUGUCAAGUAGAAGUAGGAUAUGAUCGACAGCCAUUAUAUGAGAUAUUUAAUUUAGCUAUUAUAUCAAGACGAAGUAAAUUUCGCGCAGGAACUAGAUAUAAGAGACGGGGUGUUGAUGAAAAUGGGAAGUGUGCUAAUUAUGUUGAAACAGAACAGUUAAUUUGGUAUAACGAUCAUCAAGUAUCUUUUGUUCAAGUUCGUGGAAGUGUACCCAUUUAUUGGUCUCAGCGUGGUUAUAAAUAUAAACCACCACCUAGAAUCGACAGAGAUAAAACUGAAACAAAAGUAGCAUUUGAAAAACAUUUUACUGAAGAAUUGAAUUGUUAUGGCCCUAUAUGUAUUGUCAAUCUCAUAGAACAAAAUGGCAAAGAAAGUAUCAUUUGGGAAGCUUAUAGUAAUCAUAUUUUAAAUUAUAACCACGAAGAGAUUACUUAUACUACAUUUGAUUUUCAUGAGUAUUGUCGUGGAAUGCAUUUUGAGAAUGUCUCACUGCUCGUUUCAUCAUUAGCGAUUGUUCUGUCAGAAAUGGGGUAUUGUUGGCAUGACAAGCAGGGUACAAUUUGUAUGCAAAAGGGUGCAUUUCGUGUAAAUUGCAUUGAUUGCUUGGAUAGAACAAAUGUUGUGCAAACAGCUCUUGGAAAAGCUAUGAUGGAAAUACAAUUUUCUAAACUAGGACUUAUACCACCUGAUGGAAGUCUACCAACGAAUAUUCGUCAGACCUUUCAAUUAUUGUGGGCAAAUAAUGGCGAUAUUAUUAGUAAACAGUAUGCAGGGACUAAUGCUUUGAAAGGAGAUUAUACAAGAACAGGAGAAAGAAAAUUUACAGGAUUAAUGAAAGAUGGAAUGAAUUCUGCUAAUAGAUAUUAUUUAAAUCGAUUUAAAGAUGUUUAUCGACAAGCUACUAUUGAUAUGAUGUUGGGUAAUCUGGUAAGUGAUGAAUUGUUUUAUGAAAGAACAGAGGAGGAAGAUAAUGUUUCAACAGCUAUUCAUGUAAAAUUGUUAAUUGAAGACUGUAAAAAGUUACUUAUUCCAAAUUCUGAAUUAAUUCUCAAUUGUUGGGGAUUAAUUGAUGCUGAUCCCAUAACAGGUGAUUCCACUGAAACAGAAAUGGAUAGUAUUUUAAUUUUGACCCACGAUAGUUAUUAUGUAGCUGAUUAUGAUGAACAAAUCGAUAAAGUAACAAAUUAUCAAAGAGUAUUGUUAAAAGAUAUUGUUUUAAUUGAAUGUGGACAAAUUGAAAACACAGUAUGUUUGUUUAAAAAUAAAAAUCACUAUUGUAUUAGAAUAAAUUAUAAAAUAAAUGACGACUGUGGCUAUUUUCAUAUGUUUCGGAGUACAAAUUUACGAUUUUUCAAUAAUAUGGCAAUAGUUAUUAAAACAGACGAGGAGCGCAUAGAAUCUUUAAAAGCUAUAGUUGAAGCCAUAUAUGUAGCAAUGGAAAUUGCAAGUUUACCUAAAAUACUAACCAUCAAGAAUGCAGUUCUUGAUAAACGAAAGAGUAAAACAGUUGAUAUAAAAACUCAUGCUGGUCUUUUAGAUAUAUCGUCAUUUCCUGCAAUAACGAAAAAUAUUUCUGAAACACAACUUAAUGCACUUAAAAGUGUGGGUACAAAAGCAUUAAGUAAUAUGUCAGAACAAUUCAGUAAAUUAAAUAAAUUAAGUCAGAGUUUAGCGACAAAACGACCGAUGGAACUCACUAAAAAUAGUACGAAAUCUGAAAUUAUUCAUAAUAUCAAGCCGAUUUUUAUGAGUAGCAAAUACAAGCUAUCUGCUACAGUACAUAAGUCAGAUAGUGGUACUAACAAUAGUAACAGCAGUAACUGUGUUGAAAUUGAAAAAGAAAAAAAAAACAUUUUCUAUUACAAUAAGAAUCUAAUGGAAGGAUAUAUACCAAGUAUAGGAAUAAUUAUGGGUGUACAAAACAAUAAUAUAGACAAAGUGAGUAAGGAAUCAAUGGUGAAAGGUCAAUUAAAUAUGCCUGUCUCUAAUUUAGAAAUCAAUAUAAUAAAUUAUGAGAAAAAUGUACGUGGAAUGCCUGAAAUUACAAUACAGAAUAUUGUUGAGAAUUUUAGUAAUGUUUCCAAUAAGAAUUUUAUUUCUUCGUUAAAUUUAUCAAAAAAUAUUAGUCAUUCAUCAGAUGAGGUGAACAGUCAUUAUAUAUUUACUAAUGCCACUUUAUCUCAGAAUAACAUCCUUAAAACUACUAACAUUGGUAUCUUACAACAUCGGCCAUCAUCGGAACAAGAUCUCAUAUUAUCAAUGAGCACUUCUCAAAGCGAAUCUGCUUUGAAAUCCAUAAAAUCUAAUGUUGGUAAUACAUCUUUACCGACAGCUGCUACUGCUAAGGAUAUAUUAUCACCCUUUUCAAAAUUGGCUAAGGGUGUGCAAAUUUUUGGUGCUAAUCUUGAUCUACGUAAGCUGAAAUCAACAGGUCAAGUUGGCAUGGCAGAAAUUGCAAAAGAUUUGACAGAUCAUCAUUCUGCAGAAAUGCACAAACUGCAGAAAAAAUGGGUCAAAUGCAAAUCGAGGUUGAUAGCUUUAUAAAGAUUUUCUUUUUAUAUUAUUAUCUUACUUAUAAUUUAUCGACUUUUUUUAAAAUAC